AUGGCGUUCAAAUUCUCACUAGGCGCUGCAAAAGUCAGCAAGGCGCAACCACUGAACGCCAAAGCCAAAGAACUCGAGGACGAGGCCAAGGCGCGCGAAGACCAACAUGCGCUCGACAAGGUCAUGGCCGAUUUCAUGGAGGAACACGGGUCGGAGAAGAACGUCUUAGGCGCAUCGGAGCAAGAGAAGCCGGAUGAAGAUGUCUUUGUGCCAACGGGCAGCAAGCGACACUUCACAGGACGCUCGAGGACGAUGAAGAGCGGCCCAGGCACACUCGAUUCCCAGCCGGUCGAUGGCUACUCCAGGACUCCAGCAACCUUGAGCCGGCUUCAGCAAUCGACACAGUCAGGGUUUGGUGCCUCUGUACCUACAGCACCCGCCGCUCUCGAUAGCCACAAGCCGUCAGAAGAAAAUAUCUUCACGACUGUUGUUGCCAAGGCCUCGAACCUGCCUCCUACAAUGGACCCGCAACAGGUCGAAGCCCUGUUCGCCGACUUCCCCUCACUCAAGGUCACAAAGGUAGAGAAGAUACCGCCGCAGGGGCCAUCUCCAAAGGGAAGGCCCUCCGCAACCAUGAAGGUCACAUUCGACAAGGAGGCGAGCGCACGCGACUUGGACGAAGCCAUGAAUCGCCUGAAUGAUAAAAAGUACCUUGGACGGGGAUACUACUUGCAUCUCGACCGAUAUCUUGGUGGACGUUCGGUGGACACUGCACAACGCACAGAGGCUUUCGGCGCACGCUGGCAGGCACCAGAGGUUCCCAAGGGCUUCGCGCCGCCGCCAGAUCUGGGAGGAGGCAGCAGAGAUCGCCCCCGCGAAGAUACUGAGCAAUUGAUCAUCACGGCAAAUCAACCUCCAGACGCUGCGACGCUGCGACUGGUACAUCAAACCAUCGAGGGUGUUAUACUCGGUGGUGUGGAAUUCGAAGCUGCACUAAUGAACGACCCACAAGUACAAGAGGAAGAGCGUUUUGCAUGGCUUUAUGAUCAGAAACAUCCGGUCAACCGCUAUUAUCGAUGGCGAUUACACCAAAUAGUCUGCGAUAGUCCAGAUCCCGAGAUAUUCGCUCAUCAUGGCGAUUGGCAAGGCCCUGUCGAUCCGCUUGCAGACGAGUUUGCCGAUCAUUUGGGCGCUUUUGACGAGGCUGACGAAGAGGAAGACAGCGACGACGAGGAAGAGAAGGAAAAGCCCGUGUUCAAAGCCCUCCCGGUAGGCGACAAUUACCCUGGGCGGGUUGACAACGGCCACGGUAUCAUGUCUCCUCGAUCACGAGCCAUGUUGCUUUGGCUUCUCACAACAUUGCCCCCCGGUAGCAUUGUCGCCGACGACAUCGCCGCCAUAUCUGUCUUCGCUGUAGAACACGCAGCCCAAGGCAUGGAUGAAGUCGUUCACAUCCUCAUCUCCAACAUCAUCGCUCCCUUCCAACUCACCGAUGCCAACCCCCGAAACCGCCCUGUCGAUACCGAAGCGCCCAAAGACGACCUCCGUCGCCCCGAUGUUCGACAAGUUACUCUCAAUGCACUGCGUAUCAUCUCGGAUGUGCUCCUCGUCACAGCAAAAGAAUCGGGUGUUUCAUACAAGUAUCGCCUUGCCAUUGGAAUACAACUUGUCGAGCGCAAAGUGUUUGAGCAUUUGGAGAAGUUACCUGUCAGAUUGGACAUGGGACGCAUGACGGAGAGGAGUUAUAGAGAUGAGGUUAAUGUGAUAUUGAAGGUUUGGCAAGACGAGCAUUUGUUCGAGCAGAAUGUGCUGGAUCAGUUGGACGAGGCGUUCAAUGCGAAGGAAAGGGCAAAAGAGGCAGAGGAGCAGGCGAGAAGGAUGGUAGAGCGAAGGAAAAAGAAGGCAGCUAUCGUGAAGAAGCCAGUAACAAAAGACAGAGAUUUGGAGGUAGGCAAGGCUGGGGAAGAAGAGGAUGAAGACAUGGAUCUGGAUGAUGAUCAAGGCGACAAUGCAGACGAGGCAAAAGAGCCGUCUCAGAUCGCCACACCUGACCGUGCCGCGAGCAAGGAUGAAGUCGCGGGGCCAGAGGCAGAAGAAAAGCAUGUAGAACAGGCUAAACCGGUAGCUCCUGUCGUAGAAGAGAUACCAGGGGAGACGGCAGCCGCAAGAGCAAAGAGAUUGAGGCCGAAAGCGGAAGAUAUGUUUGCUUCUGAUGGCGAGGAGUAG